UCCAUGGGUUCCAAGAGAAGAAGAGCUACCUCGCCAUCCAGUAGCGUCAGUGGGGACUUUGAUGAUGGGCACCAUUCUGUAUCUACACCAGGCCCAAGCAGGAAAAGGAGGAGACUUUCCAAUCUUCCAACUGUAGAUCCUAUUGCUGUAUGCCAUGAAUUGUACAAUACCAUUCGAGACUAUAAGGAUGAGCAAGGCAGGCUCCUCUGUGAGCUCUUCAUUAGGGCACCGAAACGAAGAAAUCAACCAGACUAUUACGAAGUGGUUUCUCAGCCCAUUGAUUUGAUGAAAAUCCAACAAAAGCUAAAAAUGGAAGAGUAUGAUGAUGUUAAUCUGCUGACUGCCGACUUCCAGCUGCUUUUUAACAAUGCAAAGGCCUAUUACAAGCCAGAUUCUCCUGAGUAUAAAGCUGCUUGCAAACUCUGGGAUUUGUACCUUCGAACAAGAAAUGAGUUUGUUCAAAAAGGAGAAGCAGAUGAUGAAGAUGAUGAUGAAGAUGGGCAAGACAAUCAAGGCACAGUGACUGAAGGAUCUUCUCCAAGUUACUUGAAGGAGAUCCUGGAGCAGCUUCUUGAAGCCAUAGUUGUAGCCACAAAUCCAUCAGGACGUCUCAUUAGUGAACUUUUUCAGAAACUGCCUUCUAAAGUGCAAUAUCCAGACUAUUAUGCAAUAAUUAAGGAGCCUAUAGAUCUCAAGACCAUUGCCCAGAGGAUACAGAAUGGAAGCUACAAGAGUAUUCAUGCAAUGGCCAAAGAUAUAGAUCUCCUAGCAAAAAAUGCCAAAACUUAUAAUGAGCCUGGUUCUCAAGUAUUCAAGGAUGCAAAUUCUAUAAAAAAAAUAUUUUAUAUGAAAAAGGCAGAAAUUGAACAUCAUGAAAUGGCUAAGUCAAGCCUUCGAAUGAGGACUCCAUCAAAUUUGGCUACAGCCAGGCUGACAGGUCCUUCACACAGUAAAGGCAGCCUUGGUGAAGAGAGAAAUCCCACUAGCAAGUAUUACCGUAAUAAAAGAACAGUCCAAGGGGGUCGUUUGUCAGCAAUUACCAUGGCACUUCAGUAUGGCUCAGAAAGUGAAGAGGAUGCUGCCUUAGCUGCGGCACGUUAUGAAGAAGGAGAGUCGGAAGCAGAGAGCAUUACUUCAUUUAUGGAUGUUUCAAAUCCUUUUUAUCAGCUUUAUGACACAGUUAGAAGUUGUCGGAAUAACCAAGGGCAGCUAAUAGCUGAACCUUUUUUCCAUUUGCCUUCAAAGAAAAAAUACCCUGAUUAUUAUCAGCAAAUUAAAAUGCCCAUAUCCCUACAACAGAUCAGAACAAAGCUAAAGAACCAAGAAUAUGAAACUUUGGAUCAUUUGGAGUGUGAUCUGAAUUUAAUGUUUGAAAAUGCCAAACGCUAUAAUGUUCCCAAUUCAGCCAUCUACAAGCGAGUUCUGAAAUUGCAGCAGGUCAUGCAGGCAAAGAAGAAGGAGCUUGCCAGGAGGGAUGACAUUGAGGAUGGAGACAGCAUGAUUUCUUCAGCCACCUCUGAUGCUGGUAGUGCCAAAAGAAAAAGUAAAAAGAACAUAAGAAAGCAGCGAAUGAAAAUCUUAUUCAAUGUUGUUCUUGAAGCUCGUGAGCCAGGUUCAGGCAGAAGACUUUGUGAUCUCUUUAUGGUUAAACCAUCCAAAAAGGACUAUCCUGACUAUUAUAAAAUCAUAUUGGAGCCAAUGGAUUUGAAAAUAAUUGAACAUAACAUCCGCAAUGACAAGUAUGCAGGGGAAGAGGGAAUGAUAGAAGACAUGAAGCUGAUGUUCCGGAACGCCAGGCACUACAACGAGGAGGGCUCCCAGGUGUACAACGACGCACACAUCCUGGAGAAGUUACUCAAGGAUAAAAGGAAAGAGCUGGGCCCGCUGCCUGAUGAUGACGAUGUGGCUUCUCCCAAACUCAAGCUGAGUAGGAAGAGUGGAAUUUCUCCUAAAAAAUCAAAAUACAUGACUCCAAUGCAGCAGAAACUAAAUGAAGUCUAUGAAGCUGUAAAGAACUAUACUGAUAAGAGGGGUCGCCGCCUCAGUGCCAUAUUUCUGAGGCUUCCGUCUAGAUCCGAGCUGCCUGACUACUAUCUGACCAUUAAAAAGCCCAUGGACAUGGAAAAAAUUCGAAGUCACAUGAUGGCCAACAAAUACCAAGAUAUAGACUCCAUGGUUGAGGACUUCGUCAUGAUGUUUAACAAUGCCUGUACAUACAAUGAGCCUGAGUCUUUGAUCUACAAAGAUGCCCUUGUCCUACACAAGGUCCUGCUUGAAACUCGGAGAGACCUGGAGGGAGAUGAGGACUCUCAUGUCCCAAAUGUGACCCUGCUGAUUCAAGAACUUAUUCACAAUCUUUUUGUGUCAGUCAUGAGUCAUCAGGAUGAUGAAGGAAGAUGCUACAGUGAUUCCUUAGCAGAAAUUCCUGCUGUGGAUCCCAACUUCCCAAACAAACCUCCUCUUACAUUUGACAUAAUUAGAAAGAAUGUUGAAAAUAAUCGCUACCGGCGGCUCGAUUUAUUUCAAGAGCAUAUGUUUGAAGUCUUGGAAAGGGCAAGAAGGAUGAAUCGGACAGAUUCUGAAAUCUACGAGGACGCGGUAGAACUGCAGCAGUUUUUUAUUAAAAUUCGUGAUGAACUCUGCAAAAAUGGAGAGAUCCUGCUUUCACCAGCACUCAGCUAUACCACAAAACAUUUGCAUAAUGAUGUGGAGAAAGAGAAAAAGGAAAAAUUGCCAAAAGAACUAGAGGAAGAUAAACUAAAACGAGAAGAAGAAAAAAGAGAAGCUGAAAAGAGCGAAGACUCCUCAGGCGCCGCAGGCCUCUCUGGCUUGCACCGCACGUACAGCCAGGACUGCAGCUUUAAGAACAGCAUGUACCAUGUCGGAGACUACGUCUAUGUGGAGCCCGCAGAGGCCAGCCUGCAGCCACACAUCGUCUGCAUUGAAAGACUGUGGGAAGAUUCUGCUGGUGAAAAAUGGUUGUAUGGCUGUUGGUUUUAUCGGCCAAAUGAAACAUUCCAUCUGGCUACACGGAAAUUUCUAGAAAAAGAAGUUUUUAAGAGUGACUAUUACAAUAAAGUUCCCGUUAGUAAAAUUCUAGGAAAAUGUGUGGUCAUGUUUGUCAAGGAAUACUUUAAAUUAUGCCCAGAAAACUUUCGAGAUGAGGAUGUUUUUGUCUGCGAAUCACGGUAUUCUGCCAAAACCAAAUCUUUUAAGAAAAUUAAACUGUGGACCAUGCCCAUCAGCUCAGUGAGAUUUGUCCCUCGGGAUGUGCCCUUGCCUGUGGUCCGAGUGGCCUCUGUAUUUGCAAAUGCAGAUAAAGGGGAUGACGAGAAGAACACAGACAACUCAGAGGACAGUCGAACUGAAGACAGUUUUAACUUGGAAAAGGAGAAAGAAGAUGUCCCUGUGGAAAUGUCAAAUGGUGAACCAGGUUGCCACUACUUUGAGCAGCUCCGUUAUAAUGACAUGUGGCUAAAGGUUGGCGAUUGUGUCUUCAUCAAGUCCCAUGGCCUGGUGCGCCCUCGCGUGGGCAGAAUUGAAAAGGUAUGGGUCCGAGAUGGAGCCGCAUAUUUUUAUGGCCCCAUCUUCAUUCACCCAGAAGAGACGGAACAUGAGCCCACAAAAAUGUUCUACAAAAAAGAAGUGUUUCUGAGUAAUCUGGAAGAAACCUGCCCCAUGACAUGUAUUCUGGGAAAGUGCGCUGUGUUGUCAUUCAAGGACUUCCUCUCCUGCAGACCAACUGAAAUACCAGAAAAUGAUAUUCUGCUUUGUGAGAGCCGCUACAACGAGAGUGACAAACAGAUGAAGAAAUUCAAGGGACUGAAGAGGUUUUCACUCUCUGCUAAAGUGGUAGAUGAUGAGAUUUAUUACUUCAGAAAACCAAUCGUUCCUCAGAAAGAGCCCUCACCUUUGUUGGAAAAGAAGAUCCAGUUGCUAGAAGCAAAAUUUGCUGAGUUAGAAGGUGGAGAUGAUGAUAUUGAAGAGAUGGGAGAAGAGGAUAGUGAGGUCAUUGAGCCUCCUUCUCUACCUCAACUUCAGACCCCCCUGGCCAGUGAGCUGGAUCUCAUGCCCUACACACCCCCACAGUCUACCCCAAAGUCAGCCAAAGGCAGUGCAAAGAAGGAAGGCUCCAAACGGAAAAUCAACAUGAGUGGCUACAUCCUGUUCAGCAGUGAGAUGAGAGCUGUGAUUAAGGCCCAGCAUCCAGACUACUCUUUUGGGGAGCUCAGCCGACUGGUGGGGACAGAAUGGAGAAACCUUGAGACAGCCAAGAAAGCAGAAUAUGAAGGCAUGAUGGGUGGCUAUCCGCCAGGCCUUCCACCUUUGCAGGGCCCAGUUGAUGGCCUUGUUAGCAUGGGCAGCAUGCAGCCACUUCACCCUGGGGGGCCUCCACCCCACCAUCUUCCGCCAGGUGUGCCCGGCCUCCCGGGCAUCCCACCACCGGGUGUGAUGAAUCAAGGAGUGGCCCCUAUGGUGGGGACUCCAGCACAAGGCGGAAGUCCGUACGGACAGCAGGUAGGAGUUUUGGGGCCUCCAGGGCAGCAGGCACCACCUCCGUAUCCUGGCCCACAUCCAGCUGGCCCCCCUGUCAUACAGCAGCCAACAACGCCUAUGUUUGUGGCUCCCCCACCGAAGACACAACGGCUUCUCCACUCAGAGGCCUACCUGAAAUACAUUGAAGGACUCAGUGCUGAGUCCAACAGCAUUAGCAAGUGGGACCAAACUCUGGCAGCUCGAAGACGCGAUGUCCAUUUGUCAAAGGAACAGGAGAGCCGCCUCCCCUCUCACUGGCUGAAAAGUAAAGGGGCCCACACCACCAUGGCAGAUGCCCUCUGGCGCCUUCGGGAUUUGAUGCUCCGAGACACCCUCAACAUUCGCCAAGCAUACAAUCUAGAAAACCUUUAAUCACAUCAAUUACGUUUCUUUUAUAGAAGCAUAAAGAGUUUUGUGGAACAGUAGCCAUUUUAGUUACUGGGGGUGGGGGGAGGAACAAAGGAUGGUAAUUUUUAUUGCAUUUUACUGUACAUCACAAGGCCAUUUUUAUAUAAGGACACUUUUAAUAAGCUAUUUCAAUUUGUUUUUGUUAUAUUAAGUUGACUUUAUCAAAUACACAGAGAUUUUUUUGCAUAUGUUUCCUUCGUUUAAAACCAGUUUCAUAAUUGGUUGUAUAUGUAGACUUGGAGUUUUAUCUUUUUACUUGUUGCCAUGGAACUGAAACCAUCAAAGGUUUUGUCUUGGCUUGGGAUUUUGGUUUUUGGUUUUUGGUUUUUUUUUUUAUAAAAGAACAAACAAAAUGAAAAAAAUAUACACACGCGCGUGCGCACGAGAGUUUACAGAUUAGUUUAAGUUGACAAUUAAAUGUGAAGUUGGUCCUAGUUUACAUCUUACAGAGGGGAGUGCACUGGUGUCUGCUUCAUGUACCUGAGUAUCUUGAGCCACUUCAGCAAAAGCUGUUUUGUACAGGUGAAGUGAAAGGUGGUUAUUUUAGGUUACAGGUGUUUGGCAGACCUGGCACAUUUGCUCUGUUAACUCAGAGACUUGCUCCAGAAAUCUGAAGUCAGUGCUGUGCAUCCUUCUGAAGCUGGUGCGUCUCUCAGACACCUGGACGGGGAGAGCACAGUUUCUUGUGCUGUUAGUCAUCUAUGGUGUCAGGUAUUUUUGCAGAACAUGUGCACAACCCUGAAUUACCUUUAGUCUUGGCAGGUAAGUUUAAGGGUACUUUUGAUCUAUUUAUAUUGAAUUCACAAUUUAUGCCUAUACUUGGAUGAUUUAAAAUUUUAAAUCUCUUACAUUGAAAAAGAUUGAAGUUCACCUUGAAGAAAGCAUUGAGGUGUGUGCAUGGAGGUGAUUCAUUUUUUAAACCUAACACCUAACCUAACAUAGGGAAGGGAGUGCAUAGCCAGAUAUGAGCUGUGUCAGAAGCAUAAUUGUAAAAAGGGUAGAUUGUCUACAUAUGCAAGUAUGUUUUCGUAUCUAUUUCCUCACCAGAUGUGGCAUUUUUUUCCUUCUCUAAGUUUCAGCGUUGUAAUUCUCAACCAGAAAUUUAAGGCUUUCUAAAAUGUUUUUUAAAUUUAAUUUGUGCUUUUGAAUUUCAGGAGAAAGUAAUUAUAAUCUAAGAAAAUACUCACUUAAAAAGACCAUUAUGGAUCCCAAACACUUGGGGUUGACCCUUUCUCUUUCAUAUGAGCCUCGAAUGAACAUCUGGAGGCAGCGUAUGAUGCGCAGACAGGUAGAAAAGCACCACACCUGGAUUCCACUCGGUUUUUGAAACCCGUUUUUUUGUAACAAGAUUGUUGCCAUUUUGGUGGAGCUUCCCUUGCUGUUGUUAAAUUGAGAGAGUCACUCUCACGGGAUACUUUUUUCUUUUAAUCUGGUAUGAAGCAAUACCUGGAUAUUUAAUUGCCAUUCUUUCUAAAUCAUGGGGACAAAAGUGUGUAAAAUGGAAACAAGUCUCUUGUAUUCUAGAUACUUUAAAUACAGGAGGCCCUUGUAACUUAAUUGCCUAUAGUCAACCACUGGAUCUCAGUUUGCAUCAAGUAUUUUAAAUAAUUCUGAAUUUUAAAAAAUGUAUUGCAGUAGUAUGUCAGUACCUUAUUGUUAAACUGAAUCAGAUAAAGAAAUCUUCAGUUCCUAGUUAUUUGGGCCAUUGAAUCAUCAUGGACUGUAUAAUACAAUCAGAUUAUUUUAUUUCUAGACAUUCUUGAAUUACACCAAAGAACCUGAAAUCUAAUUUUGGUUAAGUUAUUUAUUUAUUUCAUGCACCCAUUUUAUUUCCCUUUUUAAGGUCUGGAUGAGACUUCUUUGGGAAGCUUCUAAAAACUCUUCACUGUGGGCUAGGUGGGGCAUUAGAACCCAGGGCACUCCUCCUCCGGGCUCCUUCCCAGUGUCUAGAGGUGCUGUAGAAACCAUAGAUCCAGCCAGGGGCUUCCCUAAGGCAGUGCAGAGCCGGGCCAGGGGGCCAGUAGGCAGGCCCUAAUUAAGUU